AUGUCAAAUUGGAGAGCAAACAAUGAUCUGCUCGCAGACUUCAUGCACAUUCUUUAUGCGUAUGAUUAUGAUCUGUCAGAGGACAAUGAUUUUGAGCCAGAUAAUGAUGAGGUGGAGGACGUGCGCUCGUCGUCAUCCGAGGCUUAUUCUCCUCCUACACCUGGACGUCGCGAACAGCCCGGUGAUGAUGUGGAAGCAGUCGGAUUCGAGGAAGAGAAUCAUUUCCGUGACACAUCACCAGAAGGUCGUGACAGGUCUCCUAGACCAUACCAGUCAUAA